AUGCCACAAGUUCUUUCUCCUCCUGAUCAUCUUCCUAUGCAGGGUCGAACUCUUAAGUCGGAUUUGCUCAUUACGGGGACCAAAAUAUUUUCUGACGCUGCUUUCAGAAGUUCAAAAGUUCCUGGUCUAUUACAGGGAGCAGUUGCUACUGGAAUAGGGGUCUAUCUUGUUUUGCCUCAAGAUCGUUUUGAAAUCAAUGUGCAAAUUCAAGCAUCAGCUCCUCCCACUACUUCUCCUCUACAUGCAGAAGAUCUGGCUCUUUCUUUUGCAGCUCAAGUGGCUAGUAAGCUCAAUAUUUGGCAGCCAACCUUUCUCAUGGAUUGUUUCUCUUUAUCUUUGGUGGCUGCUACCGGCAAGAUUAUGGAAUCUACCACCCCUUGGAGCAUCAGGAAGCCUUUGGCUGAUUUCUUCAAGCAUGCUAACAGCUUGCAACCUCGAGUGUUUCACAUUUCUAGGGAAAUUAAUGGCAUAGCACACAAUGUAGCUCACCAGGUUCUUCAUUCUAGGGUUGAACCUCAAGUUUGUUGCUUCGCUUCAGCUCAUAGACAUAGUUCCUGUCCUGUGCUGUCUCUUCUCUCAAGUUUUCAGGUUCAGGAGUUUGUAAUUCACGCUGUACACUGUUUCUGA